UGAAGUGAAAGCUUUUGUACAAAGUGUUCCAAUUAUAAAUCGUUUCUCAUUCCAUUCAAAUAGUAGGACUCCAUUUGCAAGAGAACGGUGUGGUUUUUGAGGUGAUUUAUUUCAUGUUUACAGUAUUCAAAACCUAGAGCAAGUGAAACUACAUUAUUGUGCAUACUUUGGAGGCUCGGUCCUCCGCCUGGAUCAUCUGAUCGUUUUUGGAGUAUUUGACGUCUGGAAAGGAAUCAGAAACAGAAGCCGUCAUUAAAAUCGAAUCAAGCAACUCAAACUUCAAACCAUGUCCGACAGCGGCGACAGUGGCCCGCCGUCAUCGGUGAACGUCAGCAGUGCAUUAGCAGCGAUGAGCAGCGCCGAGUCCGCAUCGAGCGUCCUUAUGCUGACCGAUUCAGAGAACGCCAACAACGAAAACCGAGCGAUUGAGAUGGAGGCAAAUUCGUCCGGUGGUGGCGAAGAAACGCCUGCUGCGACCAGUGAAACAGUGGAAAGUGUGUCGGGAAGUGUAGAGCAAAGUGAUCGAUCCGAAGGAGAUGACUCUAAACAGGGUGAAGUUACCGGAGAGAAGGAGGAGAAGGAAAGCGGAGAUGUAAAGGCAGAAGUCAGUGGUGAGCCGGUAAAGAGUGGACAGGAUCAGUACGCGGAGCAUGUCACGUACAACGCGGCUGGGGAAGCGAUAUACACCGAUCCGGCCACCAAGUAUCAGUACCGGUGGUGUAAGGAGAAAAACGAAUGGACUCCCCUGGCGACUGCCACGGAGCCGGAUGGUUCGGGUGGGACCGCUUCGGAAAAUCCAUACGAAAACGAACACUACCGAUGGUGCCAUGAGAAGAAGGAAUGGAUACCGAAGCAGCAGAACGCCACCGAGACGGAGUUCUACCGGUGGGACGCAGCGACCGGGAAGUGGAUCCCGAAGGAGCAACCCACACCCGCCGGCGGUAACGACCCGGAUCGGGACUAUGGCUACGAGGACGGUGUACAUACAUACCGAGACAAGGACGGGGCCGUGUACUUCUGGGACACCGAGCGAAAGGCCUGGUUCCCCAAGGUCGACGACGACUUUAUGGCAAUCUAUCAGUUAAACUACGGGUUCAUAGACAAUACUUCCGGUCCGACUACGGCCAGUGCUCCGAAGGUGGUGGAUGUGGCACCACCGAUUCCGCCGCGAACCGACGAUGAUGAUGGCAGCAUCAGCGACGAACAGGACGAUGCGCAGAAACAACCGAAAGGAAAGAAGCGAAAAGCACCGCCGGAACCGCCGAAGUGGUUCGAGCUGGCGCCGGAACAUAACACAAAGGUGUACGUUUCGAACCUGCCGACCGAUGUCACCGAGGAGGAGUUCGGUGAACUGAUGUCCAAAUGUGGCAUGGUGAUGAAGGACCCGAAAACGCACAAACUCAAGCUGAAACUGUACCGCGACAGUGAUGGCCAGUUGAAAGGUGACGGCUUGUGUCAUUACAUCAAGAUCGAAUCCGUCGACUUGGCGCUGAAAAUCCUCGACAACUACGAUGUGCGCGGCCACAAGAUUAAGGUCCAGCGUGCCGAGUUCCAAAUGCGGGGCGAGUACAACCCGACGCUGAAGCCGAAAAUGCGCAAAAAGGAAAAGGAGCGCAUCAAGAAGAUGCAAGAAUCACUGUUCGACUGGCGGCCGGAAAAGAUGCGCGGCGAGCGCUCGAAGCACGAGCGGAUCGUCAUCAUCAAGAAUCUCUUCGAGCCGUCGCUGUUCGAUCGGGAAGUUCAUCUGCUGCUCGAGUACCAGAGCGACCUGCGCGAGGAGUGCGGCAAGUGCGGGACGGUCCGGCGGGUGCUGCUGUACGACCGGCACCCGGAAGGGGUGGCCCAGGUGACGAUGGGCGACCCGGAGGAAGCGGACCUGGUGGUGCAGCUCAUGAACGGGCGCUACUUUGGCCAGCGGAAGCUGACGGCCGCCAUCUGGGACGGGCGAACGAAAUACCGAAUCGCCGAAACCGAUGCCGAUGUGAACCAACGGCGAGGCAACUGGGAGCAGUUCCUCGAAACGGGAGAGACGCCCGAUGCUGCGGACCAGGAUAAGGAAAGUGACAGUGGUAAGCCGAAUGAAAGCCAACCGUCGACGAAGGAUGCAAAGGCGAGUCCGGAAAGGGAGGGAAAGAAGGCGGAAGAAGACGUACCAUCGAGUGGUGAAAGCACGCCGGAAAUGAGAUCCGAACGGGAUGAGCAACCGCUUCCGGUUGCCGACGAACCGGUGGAAUCGAAGGAGAAGGAUACGGAAGGCGAUGACAACGAAGAAAGCGAUGAUGAUGAUGAUGAUGACGAUGGUGAUGAUGGUAAACAGGACGGUGGUGACGAUCAGGAUGAAUAGGUCUCUAUAUGAUGAUUGAUUGUAAUUGAUUUAGAGAAUGGAAACCGACGUCUAUCCUUUCCACCAAAAGGAAAGUAAUAAAAGUGUUGCGUGGGACGGA